CGAUCGAACUAUUUUUAGUUUUUUUCUGUGGUUGGAUAUUGUCCUCAAACUUCCCCUCUACUCGAUAAAUUCACUGGUAGACAAAUGUUGAAAUUGAUUGUUUCAUUAAAAGGUAUCAAAGAUAUUGAUACGGUAGUAGACGAAUGGAUCGCAAUCAUUGGCUUGGAAGAAAUACAAAACGUGAGAUGCGACUUGUACUCGAAUAGCAGUAAACGUUUGCUAAGUACUGCUCUGUCACUGGUUGGAAAUCCAAGAGUAGUAUUUUUAGAUGAACCUGCUCAUGAUGUGGAUUCGAUGACCAGACAUCAUUUGUACGAUAUCAUUGAACAUUUGAAGCAUUCUGGUAUGACUGUUGUAUUAGGAUCAUCAAGCUCACUCGAAUGCGAAUUAUUAUGCGAUCGAUUAACCAUACUUAUAAAUGGCGUGAUGUAUUGUAUCGGAAAUACUCACGAUUUGAAGGACCAUCACAGCCUGGGAUGUUUCUUGAUGAUCAGAGUUCAUCCGGAUAUUACAUCCUUCAGAGAGGUUGUUCGGCUGGAGAAAAGUAUACUGGCUGCAUUUAAACCGCAGUCUUGUCGUCUUAUAGAAGAAUACAGAAGCUUAUUGCAUUAUCAAAUCGUAGACCAUUCAUUACCUUUAUCGAGCUUGUUUCUUAAAAUGGAGGAAAUCAAAAGUCAUAAUCCCGUCGUAGAGGAAUAUAUUGUGACUACGACUACUAUUCAAGAUAUCCUGGAAUCGUUCUCUCAUCCUGCUAAUUUCUUUUCUAGUAGAAAAGUCGGUGCUUCGGCUCAAAUAUCCGAACAAGAGUAUCAGAAAGAUGUGAAGAAGAUAGUUGAUCCUAUCAAGUAUUGAUGUUUUAUGUGAAGAAAUAUGGUGAACCCUUUUUUGCGAUGUGGCUAGUGAAGCGUUGUCGUUCAAAAAUGAAUGAAUCAUUUGUCAAUAACGAAGGAUUGACACUGAGUUGGGAGAUGUUGGAUUUGUGCACCUAUUGUGCUCGUAUAGUUAUUCGUAUUGUGAUCUUAAUUUGUAAUGUUCUCAUUGGACAGCAUUAUUUUAAAUUAUUAUCAAUUAUUAGUUUUUCAAAACAA